AACUCCCAGAAAGCUUUGCGAGCACUUCACUACUCAUGGCAUCAAGCUUUGUGGGACCAGCUUGAGCGACUUUAGUGGCGACACCGUGAAGUAGCUACUGUUGUAUAAUUGAGGGGAGAUCCCUACUCAGACAGCCGUUAAUUUGUUUGUUUUCUAGUUUGCUUUGACCACUAAAAUUUACUUCGAGCAAUUCUGUCUUACGGUAAAUUAGGAUCUUACUCAACAGGGAGUAACUACUGUAGCAAGCUAGCUUUGGGUUUGUGGGUUGGUUGGUUGUCAGCGAGAGGUUUACGCGUUGGUUUGUUCGAUCACAGUGGAAGAGAACCGAACGCGAACGUAAUAACAGACGACAUUUUUGUAGAUGUGAGGAAACGUGUGAACAAUCAAAAGGUUUCUCAGGUGUUGGUUGUGGUGGAAUUAGAUAACUACCGUUCUCUAAAAAGGUCUAGAUAGGUUUUUGUUUAUACAGAUCGUCGCGGACUAUGGCUCAUGGACAUCAUGUAGCCAGUUCCCAAAAAGCACUCAUGUUAGAGAUGAAAAGUCUUCAAGAUGAGCCAGUUGAAGGGUUCAGGAUAACUUUAGUGGACGAGUCGGACUUGUACAACUGGGAAGUUGCAAUAUUUGGACCCCCAAAUACUCACUACGAGGGAGGUUAUUUUAAGGCUCAGAUCAAGUUCCCCAUCGACUAUCCCUACUCUCCUCCGGCCUUCCGCUUCCUCACCAAGAUGUGGCACCCCAACAUCUACGAGAACGGGGACGUGUGUAUCUCCAUCCUGCACCCCCCAGUGGACGACCCCCAGAGCGGAGAGCUGCCCUCUGAGAGAUGGAACCCUACACAGAAUGUCAGGACGAUCCUUCUGAGUGUCAUCUCUCUGCUCAACGAGCCUAACACAUCCUCCCCGGCCAAUGUGGACGCCUCUGUCAUGUACCGCAAGUGGAGGGACAGCAAGGGCAAGGACAGAGAGUUCACAGAGAUUAUCAGGAAACAGGUCCACGCCACCAAAGCGGAUGCUGAGCGGGACGGUGUGAAGGUACCAACCACCCUGGCAGAGUACUGCGUCCGGACCCGUGCCCCACCCCCAGACGAGGGCUCCAACCUCUUCUACGAUGAUUACUAUGACGAUGAGGACUUGGAGGACGAAGACGAGGAAGAUGGCGAGGACUGCUGCUACGACGAAGAUGACUCGGGAACCGAGGAUUCCUGACGACCCGCCUCCCCAUCCCUUCCUCACCCCCCUGUCACCACACCCCCCUUAAACUGAACUCGUACUCCACCCUUCGUGUAUACACCCUUACAGAUCCCCCCCCACAGCAGUGCAGCCACACCUGCACGUUAAACUCAGAUGCGUUUAAAAGCUACGGAGUUAGUUUGUCCAUUUGUUUCUGGUGUUUUUAUUUUUCUGUUGGUCAGUGGAGUGUUGGAGAGAUGUUAGACCUACAUAUUAUUCACAUGGUUUGCUCUUCAUGGCGAAGCCACUCAAUUCUCAAUUACCACUUGCUUUUGAAAGUUUUGAGUAAGGCCUCUGUCUCCCGUAGAGUGUCUGUACCCAGACAGAGGCAGGCAGGCCUGAGCUAGUGAUGGUCAUCUUAGCUGUGUGACCUCUCACCUGGUUGACAGCCAUGUGAAGCCAGCCUCCCUGGCACACGAGGCUAGCUGAGGCUAGGGGACCCUGACAUUUCACCUGUCUGCCUCAGGUCAACUUAGCUCAAAAGCCAAGUCUUACUGAAUGAAUUGAUGGCCUGUAAUGAUGAGAUGGGUGUAUUGCAGAUGGUUGCUGUUAUAAUACUGAUGUACUCUUUCGGAGACCUUUGCACCCAUUCAUACACAUUUGUGUGGCAGUGGCAGUGGUCUGAGCUCGGCGUCUUUACUCAUGGCCUGAACAACCGAGUUAAACACACAGCUCCUAACGCUUAUCACCACCACAUGCUUUUUCACAAGUCCAACACCACUUGCUUUCAUCUCAUGUAAUUCCUCACCAGCCACCUCAACUGCUCAUUUAAAGAUGGGAGUGAGGGAUAGUGUCUCAAUGUGUGUCUAUAUGGGUGUUUUGGUGGUGGUUCAUUAUUGUAUUCAAAUGUAGUGCUGGAAUGCUUUGCAGAGAGAAGUGAGUGAGACACCUCCCUCUGGCAAGUCUGUGCAACAGUGUCGGCCUCGCACAGCAGCCAUCUUGAAUUAGCUGAUUUGUUUAGAUUACAUCCUCAGUCAGUCACUUCCCCAAACAUUUCACAUGACUAGAAGUGCUCGUAAAACGAGUAGUUCCAUCACACAGGAUUUUACACACGGACUAAAUUCAAACUAUCGAACAGUAUUCACACCACCCCACAUUUCUGUUUCAGUAGUGUGUAAAUGUUCAUUCAUUGUUACAACAUGACUAUUUGAUGCUAAGUUUUAGAGAUGAAAAGUGCAUUUCCCAGCUGAUGCUAGGGAUGUGGAUAGGGAGGUCAGUAGUAUAUUUUAGGGACAGGUCAAACAGCCAACCCACUAGCAUGUUGGGUGGUAUCAAGCUCGGCAUAGUGCGGUUGGGAAACACUGUGAUGAUUGAGAAUGGGCCGAGGGCUCCCCUUUUGGUUCUUUUGAUGUAGUCUUUUACUUCAGACUUAAGGUGUUAGCAACUAUAUUUUUUCCCCUUACAUGUACCAAGUGCAAUGAUUCUCAUCCUUUUUGUUUUAAACACCAUGUCAUGGGGGUUAUUCAUUGGACUUAUCAGUACAUUUACCACCUGUUUGUUUUAAACACCAUGUCAUGGGGGUUAUUCAUUGGACUUAUCAGUACAUUUACCACCCGUUUGUUUUAAACACCAUGUCAUGGGGGUUAUUCAUUGGACUUAUCAGUACAUUUACCACCCGUUUGUUUUAAACACCAUGUCAUGGGGGUUAUUCAUUGGACUUAGCAGUACAUUUACCACCCGUUUGUUUUCGAUACAGAAACAGUCAGGUAUUCUAUGUUUUCCAAUAGAGAAAAACAGGUGAUUACUGAACACUCAUACUUUUUAUGUUGUGUUAACAUCUUGAGUAUGAAGCAUGUACACAUCAAUCCAAUCAUCAUGAAUUCAUAGAACUGUUUUACAUUCACCAUAUACAGAUGUUAAGUUAUAUAACUAACCCCCAUUUUGUUUUACUGUAAUGUUUGGGGCAAUUGGAAUUUUGUGAAGCUGCCGAUUUUAUCAUGUAAUUUCCCUCCCAAUGUGCUACCUUCCCAUCUAUAGACAUUUUUUGGUGGCAGCAUCAGCAAGGGACCCCCGGCUGUUACCAACAUUCCUCAGGAAAACAAAACCACCAACUUUUUCAGAGUGAAUCUGACCACAUUGUGUGUGUGUGGACAACUGUUCUCCUCAACGCUGGUCCCCCAAACCUAUCACCUCUGCUUCAAAGACUGUUUAUAAUAUUUACCUUGAUAUUAAUAUGCACAUGUGGAGAUUUCAACGAUAAUUCGAUGUAUUUUUGUUCUUGUUUGUAUUUUCUUUUCUAAUGUUUUGUACAUCUAUUUAAAACCUAAAUAAAUAUCUUUAUUAGAGUGUUGAGAUGUUUCUUAGACCAGGAGUGAAUGAUUGUAUUCUAACAGAUGAGAACUUAAUUAUCCAUCCUUUUUAUGGUAUAUUAAUAUAUUUUGAUUGACUAACAAUUUUAAUAAGAUUCUGAACUGUCUAUUAUUUAUUCAUCCCUAUUUUCUCUUAGACACUGUGGGAAUUUAUGACUCAGGGAUAACUCUUGAGGUAAGACUGUUAUUCCUCUACUCACUCUUAUCCUGAGUGUUGAAUGUAGAGAAUGAAGCCACUGGCUCAGUUAUGGACCCCUUGUGAUGUCAGAGGUCAGGUGACCCCAGAGUGGAUGAGGAAAGUUGAGAUCUGUACCAUGCAGUCACCUUUAGAGUUGGGGAUGUGGCAACUGUUAAUAAAUCAUUAAGAACA